CUUCCGAAUCCCGAUUCUGUCAACACUCGAAGUUCGGUUCUCUACACUUUUCUUGGUUUUUCUUAAAAUUUGUAUUUAUAAAAGUUUCAAAAACUUCUCAAAAUGACUACCCUACGACCCUUCACCUGCAACGACAUGUUCCGGUUCAACAAAGUGAACUUGGAUCCACUGACCGAAACCUACUGCCUUUCCUUCUACAUGCAAUACCUCGCACAUUGGCCGGAAUACUUUCAGGUGGCAGAAUCUCCAACUGGCGAGAUUAUGGGUUACAUCAUGGGAAAAGCUGAAGGACCAGGGGAAACCUGGCACGGACACGUUACGGCACUGACCGUUUCGCCGGAUUAUCGACGACUCGGACUAGCAGCCAUUCUGAUGAACUUCCUUGAGGACGUCAGCGAAAAGAAACGGUGCUACUUUGUAGAUUUGUUCGUUCGGGUCAGCAAUAAGGUGGCGAUAGACAUGUACACCAAGCUCGGAUACAUUGUCUACCGAACGGUGCUGGAAUAUUACGUCGGCGAUCCGGACGAGGAUGCGUACGACAUGAGGAAAGCGUGCUCUAGAGACGUUCACAAGAAGUCCGUAAUACCGUUGGAACAUCCCGUAAGGCCCGAGGAAGUUGACUGAUAACUGUAAUUAAAAUGCUUGGGCUGUGCUAAAUAAAGUUUCAUAAUCAUUACACGCCGUUUCAAAU